ACCGACCUUUCAAGAAGGCUACGGCUGUGCUGUCACACACACAAGAAGUCCCUAACCUCAAAACUACAACCAGUAUUUGUCAACAUUUGUCGAGUCAGGGUGGUUUAAGUUUCAGGAGUACUGUGCAAAAGAGACCAUUAUGGAGGAGCAAACGGCUUCACCCCAUCCGGAGACUCUGGAGCAGCCCACUCCAGCCCUUCUCUCUGACAUCUUUUCAUUCGUUGAAUACAUUUAUGCCACCUUUGGGUGGUAUAUAUUAGGUUUCAUCGUUCUCUCUCUUUAUCUAUGGAGUAAGAUUCAGCCUUCCUAUGAGGCUUGGAGAAAGAAACGAGAAGAGGAUGAAUAUGCUGCUCAAAUACACAAGAAUCCAGAUUUGUUUAGAGCCAGGCAAGAAGCCAUUAUUGCAGCACGGCAACGGAUGCAGGAAGAGCAUGACCGCCAAGCCAAAAUCAAGGCUGAGAGGGCACAAGAACUUGAGGAACAGAAGCGAGAAGAAUGGAUUGCUCGUCAAACAGGAACAGGUGGCCGGCGACUUGGUAAUGAGCCAUCUAAAUCCUGUGAAGCUGUGCCAGGUCCAAGCAAAAAAAAGGAUUCAAGUUUUAAGCCAGAGUAUAACCCAUUAAUGGGGGCCGGAAGCUCUAGUGGAUAUCGGCCUCCCAAGAGAGGAUGCCCCGGAGGAGGUUGUGGAAAGAAGUAAGAUGGUUCAGAAAUAAAUGAACUGUAAUCUCAUUUUUAUGGUGUGUUGUUACAGUACAUCCCUCUUAAACUGUGUCCGCCUCAGCCAUUUUCCUGCUUUAACCAUUGCUAAAAAGAAUUCACAAACCUAGUCAAAUCGCCGAAAAUUCAUCCGCAUUAACGGUCGCGAUCGCGUGCAAGGCGGCUGACACGUUUUAAAAGGGAUGCACUGUAUUUGUUAUGUUAAAUUAUCUUAAAAUUUUGGUCAUUUUGUUAUCAUAUCUUUUUGUUGUAUAUGUUACCAAGCAGAAAUUUUGUUGCUACAUAACAUGUGUGUUGACAACUAAGCCUGCUGUUUCCACAUGAUUUUAUAACCAUAUCAUUAUCAGAUUAAUCAAUAAUGUUUUUUAACUAUUAAACACUUUACAGGUGUAUUAUGAAGGUUUCCUUCUAUAGACAUUCCUUUCUUUACUUGUCAGUCAUGUACUGCAUUUUGUUUGAAUUACUUUCCACUUAGAUUGUUACCCGUGUUAAAAACUGACUUUGUAUUAAAAUAAAAAAAAUUACAGAAUCAA